GCAUUGAAGAUACCGAAGCCAUAGUGACACAUUGACGGGGAGCGGGGGGGGGCUCAGCCGGAGAUGGUGUAGAGAUCGGCGCGUUUGGUGUCACCAGUAAAAUGGAUAGUCUCCCCCAGCUCCGGGCUUUCGGGGUCUGACGCUGCACGUGCGACACAUUAAGUCACAGAGUAGAAUCAGGUUCUCCGCUUAGUAAAGGAAGCAUGGAUGUGGUCUGUGAUGGCAACGCUGCUGCCAUUGGUCUAUGUGGGCUCAAGAAACUGGGAGGCACAGAUGGCCAUGUGACAGCACUACUACCUAAUGGAUCUGUGAAUCACAUUACAGAAGACCAGACCAAUGAGUCAAGUAUAAGCUGUGAUGUAACCACUAGGAUCAAUUUGACUGAGGAUGUCUCAGCCAAUGAGAGCUCCUACCUGCUCCUUCAUCCAGAUGAGGAGUCCACCCUCGCAGAGGAAACAGCAUUUCCACACCCUGAGGUUUCUGCUGACGGUGCUCCUACAUCCCAGCUCCCGAAUGGCCUGCCAGUCUGCACCCCACCGUCUGCGGUCCGACCCCUUACGCCCCCAUUGCAGUUUUCCGCACACAAGCCAGACACGAGACAGCAUCACCCAGCCUCUGCAGCAAACAGCCCCAACUCCCUUAAAAGCUCAUCAAGAGCAGUGGCAAACGAACGCUGUGCUCAAUGCAUUCUAUCCUGCCUGUUCUGCGAGGUCCUGACAGCAUGCUCCUUGCUGGUGCAGUGCCUGGACUGCGGCCAGGCCUGCGAGCCCCUGCUCCAGUGCUGCUGCACCUGUGAGAGCGCAGAAUGCGGCUUGUGUGGGGCCGACACCUGCCUGGACUAUAGGCAGUGCUUGGAGUCGCCCAGCGGCCUGGAGAUGUGCAUGGAGUGCUGCUCCAUCUGCUUCAGUGCAUAGACCCACCAGUGCUGAGCUGGGGCCCUGGCACGGGGAGAUGAGGAGCCAGAUCUGAAACCUCACCUAAGGGUUUCAGGCCGAGGAAACAGAGCACAGAGACGUCCUUGGGAAGAAGGGUGAACGUAAUGGCGUGUGAUGUAACAACAGAACACAUUUGCCCAGUUUGACUCCAGCCCAAAGCCACCUAGAUCCGAGGAGAUGCUUAACUGUGACUGACUGAAACACACAAGAUUUCAGUCAUACACUCACAUCGUCAAAACUGCUGUACAGGAAUUGUGCUCAGUUGCAACUAAGCAUAUACUUGUUAGGAUGCAUUUUAUUUGCAUUUAAUUUAAACUGGUGCAUAAAUAAUGCAUGCAUAUCUGUGUAGUUUUGAAUCUCGACGGCUGUACUCAGCUAAAGAACCAUUUAGCCAUAUAAUUAUUAAUUAAAAUACUAAAGGGACACUGGGAGUGUUCCGGCACCUUUCUAAUUUCAUCGCAUAUGCGCUGAAAAACGAAUUAAGCGUUUUGUGAAGUGAGUGAAGACGCACGUUUAAAUAUAAAUUAUAAACAAAAUAUUGUCUCACCCAUUCAGGUGUGUUUUUUUUCUGUGUGGUAACAGGCAAAAAAAUCAUGUCAAGCAAUUGUUUAUUUUUCCGCUCUAUUUACAGAAUAACUUUUUUAAAUCGUUUUAUAAGGCUAAAUCUAGACCAUCUUGAUUUUUUGCCCUUCUUGUUCGCGGUAGGAAUGAAUUAAUUUAUGGCGAAUAACAAUGCAGUAAGGAGUGAGCAAGAUCAGUUAGGCCUAUUGUAAAACACGCCGCAGUCUAAAAGGUGACCCGCGAAUGAAGGUAACGGGGAGAGGAUGUGGACCUUGAUGGGUCCCAAUUACCGACCUACUCACCCACCGCACCGAAGCGGGGGGAAUCAAGGUGUAAACAACAUGGUUUCCGCACUACAUGCUAGGCCUUAGAGGCCUAAAUAUAUCCAUAAAUAUGAUCCGGCUCCGUUCUGAGACUGACUGCCGCACCCGUGGAGCACCGAGCAAAGUCACGCAAAGAAACGUGUGAAUUCUGUUAAGCUUUACCCAUCACUGAGCUAUACUACAAAGCGACGGCUUCAGACCAUUAAGAAUUAAUUAAUGAGUUUAUGUGGUAACACAUUGCAUGUUUAAAAGAGUUGAUGGUCAAUCAUCUCUGCUGGGUGCUGAUUGAACGUGUCUUGGGGGCUUAUCCUGAGUGUCAGGUGAAAAUGCAAACAAAAUUUCGAGUCCUUUGCAGAUAUUUUCGGCUUCUUUCAUAAAGAUGUAUUUAUAUUGUCAUUUUUGUAUAUUAAUAAGUACAAACAAUGGCUACAAGGACGAUAUUGUGGUGUGUACGUAUCUUCUAAACAUGACAUUUUCCUUGCAACAAAACGAUCCUUCGAAUUUAUCUCGGUGUCCAGAUUAUAGGGUGAAGUGCACCCCCUAGUGGACCACCACUGGAAGUCCUACAUGGUCCACCCUUAAAUGACUCAUACAACAGAUCACAGAUCACAAUCGUUGGCUGUCAGCUCCUCCUGCCUGGUGAUCCGUACUCAUCAGAGGAACAGGGCUAAGAAAAUAAUGUCCCACCUCUCGCCCCCAGGUCACUUCGAGCGUCUCCCUUCUUAGAUAAAGCUUAGAGUUAGAGCUUUGAGCAGAAGGACUAGCUGCCACUGGAACAGCUUCUCCUCCCAGGCCACUGCCCUGCUAAAUAAGGGCCAAUCGGACGCAUGCUGGCACUUAUGGAAGAAUUUCAUGUGUCACUCCCCAUAUGACUAAAUAAGCUCAUUUUCACAUACCGCAAAGCUGUCUGUACCCUACAGGGACAGACAACUCUAAAGACUGUCUGUACCCUACAGGGACAGACAACCCUAAAGGCUGUCUGUACCCUACAGGGACAGACAACCCUAAAGACUGUCUGUACCCUACAAGGACAGACAACCCUAAAGGCUGUCUCACCUAUGUCUCUACUUGUUUUGUUAUUUGCACAUCUUAAUUUUUGUUGCUACCUCUAUUCUAGUUUUAUUCUAUUUGUUUGUUUGUUUUUUGUACUUUUGUCUUGUUGUAUGUUUAACUGUAUACUUCUUGCCAUCACCUGCCAAAUAAAUGAAUUCAGCUGUCA